GUAACUCAGUGAAUUGUAAUACACACAAAAUGGCGUACGUGGUAUAUAAUCCGCCUAUUAUCGAUUUAUAAUCAGUAUCACGUUAUCUCGUAGAGUAAUAUUAUAGACCUAUAACAAAAUAAUUUGUUAAUAGGUCUAUGAGUAGUUGCGUUAUCUACUUAUUCAUUUAUCAUAUAGAUUAUAAAGUAUAAAAGCGAAAGACGAAAGCUGGCAACCAUGUUUAGACGGAAUCUGCUGUUAACUUAUUGCUAUCAUAUCUAAUACCUAUUUAUUUUGUCAUAAAUUGUUUUCAAUUCUGUAAAAAGAAUAAUGAUAUAAUAUUUUAAUUCUUGGUUUUAUAUUUUAAAAUUACUCUAUUUACUCGUUUACUUCAACAUAUUAUUUUUGUUUUAAUUAUUACUUUCUAGUUUUUUAUACAUUCACGUAUUAUCUAUUUUUUUAUUUUAAUAAUUAUCAUGUCGAAUAAUAAUAAAAGCAUUAUAUUCUAUAAUGGUCUACAACAAAAGUCAUUUUGUGGUUACUGCAAAACAGACUAUGCUAGUUACAGUAAUGGUACGAGAGUAAUAGUAUACAUAUUUAAAAAUCAAAUAUUAAAUAUUUUGAUGUAAUUGUGACAUAUUAUUUAUUAAUAGGUAUGUGGGCAUCAAGUCUUACAGUGCAAGCAUAUCAAGAUAUGAUAGAUCGUGGGUGGCGACGGAGUGGAAAGUAUUGUUAUAAAUCGUUGAUGGAUACAACUUGUUGUCCAUUAUAUACUAUUAGGUACCUAGAUAUUUUGUAGUUAUUUUAUCUUUAUCAAUAUUUAAUUUACUUAUAUAUUAUAUUUGUGUUAUUUUUUAAGUAUAAAUUGUACAAUUGUAUUAUUUAUAUUGCUUGUCAUUCAGCUCUCUAGGUACAAAAACAGAUUAUUGAAUAGGUACAGUAUUUAAUAUCGCUAAAGAUAUAUCUUAAAUUUCCACUUACUAUGUUCAUAUUGACUAAUUGAAAAAUGUAAAAUGUAUUUUAAUUUAAUAUUUUAUAAUAAGGGUUGUUAUAUUUUAUUACUGUCAUUAUUUUAUGAAAAUAGAUGUGAAGCCUUAGAUUUUCAGUUAUCAAAGUCACAGAAAAAGAUCAUUAAAAAAUUGACCAAAUUUUUAAAAAGUGGAAUAUGUGAUAAAAAUCCAAUUUCUAUUGAACAAGACGAAAGAGAACCUCUAAUGAAGUAUGAACCACGAGGUAAUUAUUAAUUAUUAAUUUGUAAUUUUUUUUUUGAGAACUUCAAUUUAUUGGCAUUAUAUUGAAUUAAUAUUUAUACUUUGAAGAGUAUCUGUCUAGUAAUUUUUAAUUAAAUUUAGCUUUCAAAUUAUGUAAACUUAAUUUUUUUCUUUCAUACUCCUCGUGAUUCUAUAUUAUUUAUUAUUGUGCUGAUUUUGCAUUUUUAUUAAAUACAAAUAUACCUACCUUAUAGGUGAUUAUUUUAUCCUUAAACACUCAUUAUAUCAAAAAUUAUUGUCUAUAUUUGAAAUUUUUUUAUUUUGAAACUUCAGAAACAAAUAGGUAAUUCUAAAAUGUUAAACUAUUAUUUGUUUUGUGACCCUUAUUUUUGUGGGUGAAACGACUACCUACUCUUGACAAUCUAUAUUGAAAAUCCUUUAAAUAGAUGUAGUAUUAAUUAAAAUACAUUUGGUGUAGACAUUUUUGAUUUCCAUCAAUCAAUUGGUGAGAUAUUCCACUUUUAAGUUUUGGUCGGAGGAGAUUAGUAGUGCAUUAUUAAAUCGCCAUGUGCCAUGCACACAAAUGGUGCUCCUCCCUCGACCCAAACUUAAAAGUGGAAUAUCUCACCAUUUGAUUGAUGGAAAUUAAAAAUGUCUACACCAAAAUGUAUUUUAACUAAUAUUCCAUCUGUUUAAAGCAUUUUCAAUAUAGGUUGUCAUUUGUCAAAAGUAUGUAGUUGUUUCACUCCUAAAAAUUAAGGUGACAAAAAACAAUGAAAAUGUAAAAUUGUAUCGGUGUUUGUUUCUUAAAUUUUCUAUAAAACAGAUUUCAAAAAAAAAUUAAUACUUUAUGAGAUAGUGAAUGUUUAACAAUGAAAGAAUCACACAGUAUUAUUUUAUAACACUUAUUUCCUUGUAUAGAAUAAACACAUCAAUAUAAUAUACCUAUUUAUGGUAAUAAAAUGUGUGUUUAUAGAUGCACAUAAUGAGGAUACUAAAAUACAAGUUGACCAGUUAUAUAUGAAAGGACAAAAUUCAUCCGUCAAUGAUUCAAAGUAUAAUAAUUUGUUAAUUACCAAUGAAGGUAAUACAAAAUUAAUUAUUUAUUGAAUUACCUGUAUGAAUUAAUUAAUUAAUAUUAUUACUUUGGAUUUGUUUUAUUUUAUAGAAGAUAGUAAUGCAGCUGUAUCUGUUAAUUUAAACUGUAAAUCUAAAGUUACAAAAGAAAUAAAAAAAGUAAAACCAGGUAAUACAAUUGUCUUUAUUACAAAAUAAUUUAUCGUUAAUAUAAUACCUGUCUGCUUUGUAGGUGAGGGUGCUGAUCCAAGUUUGCCAAGAUGCAAGAAAAGAAAACUAUUACGUAUUGAAAAGAAAUUAUUGAAAAAUCCAAACUCUUUAAUUAAAACUUUAGCUCCCGAACAAAAAAGUUUGGAAGAUUUCAUUAUAGAAAAUGAUUCAGUAUUUACUAACGAAGGCUACAAAUUAAGAGUAAGGAAUUAUAUUUAUAGUGAAUGAUUAACCUAUACUCUGUCUCGUAAAAGAAAGGUACUGUGUCUUAACAAAAACCAGUCAGUGACACGCAUCCCUCCACGCCGCUCUUUGUUUAGAUUUCGUUUCUACCCGGUACACGUGAGCUAGAAAUGCACGAGAGGAUUUUAUUGUGAUAAUGUGAUGCUUUGUUAAUAUGCUUGAUAUGGUACUUUACUUUGUGAGAAAGACUAUAGAAUUUUGUUUUAUGUAUCAUAAUAAAUUGAAAGGAAUAGUAAAAAAGACAUACAUUUCUCUGUCAUUCGCUCUAAGCUUGACUAUGGCUACUUUCUUUUUGGUUAUACCUCCUUCUCUAAUUGAAAAAACUCAAUAAACUAAAAUCCUCUUGUUUAAGAACUAACAUGGGUUACCUAAGAUCUUCUCCUUCUCCAGCUAUUGAAGUAGAAACUGUAUUCCUUCGAGUGCCAAGCUAUUCGAGAGUCCUCCAUAUUGAAACUGCUGACCAUCUGGCUAUUCUAAUACACUUCAACUUAGGGAGGUUAUUUGAUCAAAUAUAAAUAAUUAAAAAAAAUCAAUUGAAAUAAUUAGAUAAACCUGAAAGAAAAUUAUAAGUAAAACAGCAAAUAUUUAUGGCUCACCAAGGCGUUACUGUUUUCAUUGUUUUUAUUAUGUUUACACAAUGUUUCCUAACAGAAAUAUUGCUCUAAUUCAAGCUAGACUAGAGAUUGAUUUUGUUUCUUUUAAUAAUUUUCUACUGUUAGAAUAAUUUUUUUUUUUGAUAUCCAAAGUAUUUACAUAAUAAUUAGGAAAAACCAAAAAAGACAAAAUAUACAUAUUUUUUUUUUUCAAAUUACUGCACAACAAUUUCAUUAUUUUAAAUUUGUACUGCUUACGUUUUCUACCAUGAAUAUGGCUCCAAUAAAAAACAUAAAGUGAUCUUUUUUGAUUUUCUUUGUAGUCUUUUUAAUAAUUGAGCAAAACUUAAAAAAUUGCAGAAAGUACAGGAAAAUGUAUGAAAAUAAUUCUAGUAAUGUAAUUUAGUUUGAUAUAUUCAUAAAGACUUGAAAUUUUGACAGAAAACUUAUAUUUGAUUUUUCUAGACGUGGUCAAAUUUUCAAAACAUUGGAUCUGUUUUUAAGCUAAUUAUAGACAUUUUAAUUUUGCCAGUUUUUACGUAAUUUUUAUUUGGUACUCUGUGGAUAAAAUUUUUGAACUAAAUAGGAAUGCUUGUAAAUUUAAUAGGAGGUUUCUUAAUUUUUGUAAUUUGUAGUCAAAAAAAAAAAUUUGAACAUGUUUUUUUUUUAAAAGAAUUUUAAUAACAAAAUUUGACAAAAAUUAUGUGGAAUAAAUCUAGUUAGGUACUGGUUCGUGCGAUUAUUAUAAUAAUCUCUUCAGAAAUUAAAAAAAUGAUCUCCUCAAUGCACCAUUUAAAAAAUUCCCUUUCAGAAAAUGUACUACGCUUGAUAAAUCCAAAAAGAUUUUUUGUUAAAAAGUCACAGUAAAACCAAUAGAUCUCUCAUUACCAAUGAAACCUUCACAUAAUAAGUAAUUAUACUUUUAUCAAAUAAUUUAUUACUCAUUUUCUUUUCUUUAUUCUUUUACCCAAUAAAUAUGUUGCCUUAUGACAGCAUAUUUGAUAUAUCUGUUCUAGACCACUUAUGCAUCUACAAAAAACAAUUAAGGUUAUGUAAGUAUUUAUAUUACACGUGAUUUAUAAGCCAAAUCUAUGUAUUAUAAUCUAAAAAAAUGAAAAAAAACCUAUUAAACAAGGCAACAGAUGAUAUUAGGGAAACACUGGGAUUAUGCCUGUAGAACUAAAAGAUAAGGAUGUUGAAAUUGACAUGAAAAAGCUCAAAAAUAAUAAGGUUUCAGGAGACAAUAGAAUUAUUAAAGAAUUAGGGAAAUAACUUAAAAUUAGAGAUAAAGAACAUGAAAAAAGAAGUAUGGACUAAGAAAAAUAUACCAGAAGAUAGGAACAUAUCAGUUAGCUCCCCUAUUUAUAUAAAAAGAGAGACUCAAUGGAUUCCAGAAAUUAUUAGUGAUAUCCUUAAUAUGUAUUAUUUUGUCUAAUAUUAUUCUCAGCGGUCUUUAAACAUAUGGAACAGAUUUUAUAGAUUGUUAAAGUGGUUUAUGGUGGCAUGAAUUGUAUUUCAUAAUUUCAAAUGUUUAUAAAACGAAGAGAAUUUAAAAAAAAAAUUUUAUCAACAUUCACUUACCUUAUAAAAAUUAAUUACUUUUUUAAUUUUACCUUAUAUUAUUUUUUUCAUAUUAUUUUUAUUUUUCAAUGUACCUUAUAAAUUUAAAAUUAAAUCUUACAAUCCUUUUUUUGUAUAUUUAAUAUAGAAAUAAAAUGUAUACAUAUAUAUAUAUAUAUAUAUAUAUAUAUGUUAUAAGAACUGAUUUGUUUUAAUAAAACUAAUAAAUAAAACAUAAAUUGGAAAUAUUAUAAUUAAUAAUGAAUAGUUCUAAAAGAUAUUCAAUUUUAUUUUAGAUAAAACUUUUAAAAUUGACCCCAUCAAGCAGUUCUUUUGAAGAUGAGUAUGCAGUAUAUAGGAUUUAUCAAACUAUUGUUCAUGGUGAUACAGAUGAUCUCUGUACAAAAGAACAGUUUAUUAGAUUUCUUGUUAAUUCGCCUCUUCAUGUAAGUAUUCAAUACUUAACUAAUUAAACACGUUUUGUGUACAAGGUGUCCUUGAUCAAGACCGGCACAGAAGCUUUUAAUCAAACAAUGACAGCUGAGGCAUUGGUAUUUGCCAAAUAUCAAAUGGCUGUUCAUAACGAGCAACCACAUGACUGUAAUAAGGAGCAAUAUUUAACAUUUCUUGUUGAUUCACCUUUACAGGUAUCUUUUUAUUUUAGGCAUCAUAAAUUCUCCAAUGACUCAAAUAACAUGCGGGUAUUGGAUAAUUUUAUUUUAAAUUUUGUCGGUCUGAUCGAUCCACCAAGUUUAUGAAUGUUUCUAGUUCCAAUUUAAAAUCUUAUAUUAUUGCAAACAAAUGUUUAAAAUUAUUUUUUCCAGUUUGAAGAAGCAGAUCAUCCUGAUCAUCCGGGGUAUGGUUCAUUCCAUCAACAAUACUGGCUUGGUGAUAAGUUAGUAGCAGUUGGUGUCAUAGAUAUUUUACCUAAAUGUAUAUCAUCUGUUUAUUUAUUUUAUGACCCUGAUUAUCAUAAUUUAGUGUUGGGAACUUACAGCACUUUAAGGUAGAGUAUACACUUGUCUUAUAUGUUAUCACAUAUUUCAACAACUAAAUUAUUUAACAUUGAUUAUACUGCAGGGAAAUAUGUUUGGUUAGACAAUUGUAUAAGAUGUCACCUGAAUUAAAAUACUACUAUAUGGGCUUUUAUAUACAUACAUGUCCAAAAAUGCGUUACAAGGCAAAAUUUGAACCAUCAUAUCUAUUGUGCCCACUUCGAUACACAUGGCAUGCAAUUGAUAAAUGCAUCCAAAAACUUGAUAACGAAAAGUAUUCAAUAUUUAAUGAAUCAGAAAAUAUCUGUGAUGACAAUAAUACUCAGAGUAUCAUAGAGAAUGUAAAUAAUUUAUAAUUAUAAAACUUAAAUACACUAUUAACACAAUUAUACCAUUAACUAUUGGUUAUGUAAAAAUAAAAUAGCCAAAAUGAGAAAUUCAUGUACAAAUUAAAUUAAUUUUAAAAGAGAUAAUCCAAUGAACAUAACUACUCUCAUAUUUACACCAAUGGUACAUGAACUUUAUAUUAAGUUAUUUUUAUAUAAUUUUUUUGAUUUUAGAUUCCAGUAUUGUAUUCUGGUACAUUAAUGAGUUAUACAAUAUAUAAAAGGUUGAAUAAGAAAAACCAAGAUGAACUGAUUACAGAAUAUGCAAAGUUGGUUGGGCCUAAACUGGCUAGACAGUUAAUUUAUUGCUUUCUAGAUUAACAAUGUAAAGUACAAAAAUGAUCUGUUUUUUUUUUUAAAACUAUUUAUAUUAGUAUUUUUUAAAUUUUUGUUAUAAUACUUAUACUAUCAAAAUUAACAAUUUCUAAAUAAAAAUCAUUCAAAUGUAUGUAAUUAGUUGAAACCGUCCGUUUCUGUAUUUUCUAUUUUUUCUUUACUAACUUUGUAAAUGUUAGCAGAAAUAGGUCUAUAAUAAAAUGAUUUGUAGUCUGAGUUUUCUUUCAUCAUAUCUUCAACUUUUCUAGCUACCAUCCUGAAAAAUGGAAAGAUAGAUUACAAUACAAUUAUAGAUAAAAAAUCACACA